CAGAAAACACCCUGACUCACUCAUCUUUUCCCAUAACGUCCUCGAAUGGGGCUGGCAGCGCUCAAUCCAGCACCACCAUUUUGAAAGAACGGGUGUCACAGUUUUUGAUACCAUCAGGUGACAGAACCAAGCUAGUUAUCUCCCCUGCUGGCAUCCAACAUUUGCAGUUGCUGCUCCGAAAACAAGGAAUGUCAGAGGGCUAUUUUGUCAUAACAUCACCAAGAGCCCCGGUUACUGCCUAUUCUAAAUGUGACUCUGUGACUACUGUGAACACUGCUUUCAGUGAAUCCCUACCUAAAAAUCAACAAUUGAAUGACGGCAUGAACGAUACAUCUUUAUUCCAAAAGCCAAAAUCAAAUGAUGCCAGACCAUGCAAUUCUGAUAAGAACUCCACUCUGACGUCUUUACUUGCAGCAAGCACAUUUAAGACAGAAUGGGUAAAGAAUGAAAUUAGAGAAAAGG